UCGCCAGUCUUUUUCCAACUGUCGUCGUGUUUGGUUCGCGGAUCUUUAAUUGAGGUGAUUGUUCUUUGUGCACACGCUAGGCCAGUUUAGAGGAUUAUAUCCGUCCUGUUGAGGUACAACAGCAUUCCGUGUCCUUUCGGGAAACAAAAAAAGAACGGUUCACUGUUUCGAUUCUAGAAGCCGGUUUUGCCUUUAAAAAAUCAAAUCGUGGAGGUGGUGUCCGGAUUUAUCUGGAAGUGAACGCAAAAGUGCACCAACACAAAAAUAAUCGGCAGAAUAUUUUCCAAGUACAAGAGAGAGGCACUAAAUCCGCUCAGCAGACAGCGCAAGAAUCUGCUGCCACUGCUGCAGUCCGUUUUUGUUCCGUCCGCGGCGAGAAGGUUCUCCGGUGCUCUUUUGUGUGUUGGUUCGCGAAGUAGGCGCUGAAUAAUAACGCGAAUAAUAAAGUCGCCGGAUCGGGAAGAAGAAGAUUUUGCCCCGCGCAGCAACGCAACAACAACAACAACAAAAAGUGUGUUGAUAUCAAAACGUACGUCAGGAGAGAAGCUCGACGUCGCCAGUUAUCUGGAAAUUUUUAUAAGUGCCCGAUUGUUGCCGGUGAUUGUGAUUUUCUUAUUUCGUGGGAGUGGUAACUGAAUACCGAACCGAGGAAUAAUGUCCGACGAGAACCAGGAAAAUGGAACCCGCAACGGCGACGUGCCCGAAAUCGAAUUGAUUAUCAAGGCUUCGACGAUAGACGGCAGACGGAAGGGUGCAUGUCUGUUUUGUCAGGAAUACUUCAUGGACCUGUAUCUGCUGGCAGAAUUGAAAACAAUCAGUUUGAAGGUCACAACAGUGGACAUGCAGAAACCUCCGCCCGACUUUCGUACCAACUUCGAAGCGACACACCCGCCGAUCCUGAUCGACAACGGACUGGCCAUCCUGGAGAAUGACAAAAUCGAGCGACACAUCAUGAAGUCCGUCCCCGGUGGAUACAAUCUGUUUGUGCAGGACAAAGAAGUGGCCACUCUGAUCGAGAAUCUGUACUCCAAGCUGAAGCUGAUGCUGGUCAAAAAGGACGAGAACAAGAACAACGCCCUGCUGGCGCACCUACGGAAAAUCAACGAUCACCUGGCGGCGAGGGGUACCCGCUUCCUAACCGGUGACACCAUGUGCUGCUUCGACUGCGAACUGAUGCCCCGACUGCAGCACAUCCGCGUCGCCGGAAAGUACUUUGUCGACUUUGAAAUACCAAAACACUUAACGGCCCUGUGGCGAUAUAUGUACCACAUGUAUCAGUUGGAUGCCUUCACGCAGUCGUGUCCCGCCGAUCAGGACAUCAUCAAUCACUACAAACUGCAGCAGGCAAAAGGCGACAUUAAGAUGCUGAAAAUGAAGAAACACGAGGAACUGGAAACGCCAACCUUUACCACGUCGAUCCCGAUCGACUUAAAUGACCAUUAGAGAGAGAUACUGAGUAAGAGAAAACAAAUUCUAGAAAGGGAAUUUGGCAACCAUUUACAUAAAGCAAACAGUACAGUAGACCGGGUAAAAGCCGGAGCUAAAGAACAAUUCGCAAUAACAUACAAACCCAUACACAAUUUUGAUAACGAUUUACAUGAAAAUUACGUUUUUCAGAUUACAAGUGAAACACACAAUCUUAACGUACGAAAAAAAAAAAACAAUGUCAUUAAAUAAAGAAUUAAUCGAUAGGUGUUGACAGCAGUGCUGCCAACCGAACUCGCCUACGCCUUUGCAUGUACUAGUAAUUAUUAUUACACGACGAUCCUAUCAAAUACCUUCAAAAUCAAAAUAACGCAUCAUCUUUCUUCAAUAUGCUAUAUAUUAUAAUUGGUUCUAGAAAUUUGUUUCGUUUCGCGACGGCCAUCAUCAUUAUCGCCAGUUGAAGUCCUCCGUAAAAAAGAUAGUUAGGCGAACACUUUUGUGUUUGAGGAAGUGAUACACACUGAUCGAAAAAGGUUACGGUAAAACUGAGUGAAUUAAUACUGUGGAAAGAAAACAACAAAUGUAAAUUUUAGUUCUAAGUAGAGCUUAACACACUGUGAAAAAAGAUGUAUUCGUUGAUUAUUGUAUCGUUUUGUAGUUUUCCUUUUUUGUUUUGCUAAACGGAAUAAGAAGCCUUCGGUAGUGUUAUGGUUGAUUUAUCGAGAGAAAAGACACGAGCAACUUCAGCAUUGUGCGAUACAAACAAACAUAUAUAAAGUUAGGAUCGUUAAAUAAAAGAACUGCAAGAUGUUGAUCAAUGUUUUAUACUUGUUUUAAAUCGCUUUCGAUGUAGUAGACAUAGCAGUAGUAAAGACAGCAAAGUAGUGUAAAAAACUUUUUAUCGAUGGAUGCCUUAUUAUGUUCUAAAGUUGUUCUUAAAAUUGGUACAAAUUUUAGUAUUGUUUCGCUUUUUCACAUCAUAUCGGCAGUACUGUUUCUUCUGAAUUUCUUAUUUUCAAUCCUGAAAAUUCGUACAGUUAUCAACGAAUCAUACACAAAAAUUCAUUUUUAAAAAAUAGUUGCUAAGGAGAAUUCAAUCAAAAUGGACAACCCAUGCAAUCGUGCUGUAAAUAUAGGCGGUGAAUGAAAACAAGAGCCAAUUAUCUAUGCUGAUAGAUGAUUUUUUUAUAACAAAAUGUCAAGGGACGCUGAUUGAUUUCUGGUUUUCCUAAUUUUUGAAAAAGGAAUCGAAACAGUCUCCGAGUGAUACGAUUUAAUUGCGCGCGUGCGAGUAUAAACAACCGAAAGAGAAGUUAUAACUUUUUUGUUGUAAAUUAUUUACUACAACUUGUUUUAUAUUUGCCAAGAAUGCGAAAGCAGCAGCAGUAGAAAGUAGGGGAAACAGUAAUGUAAUAAAAGGUCUUAAUAAUUUUCGACAAGAAUGCGCGAA